GUUGAACAAGCCAGGACUUUUAAAAGAUCAGAAUCACACAUAGUUACGUAGUCAGAUAAGAUUGUUCAAUACCGGUGGUGUCUCUGAGGACUGAUCCAUACAUCACCUUAAGAUCAAGAUUACUACAAAGAGAAGAAUGGAGAUGAACAGGAUUUAUGUAAAUGCAGAAGUUACAGCACACAGUAGAGUGAAUUACAGGGACACUGAGAACUUGUAUGAAGAUAUUCAUGUGAAUGAAGACAAUCUGGAGACCCACCAGUCUAAAAUCCUUCAGCAAGCUGAGAACUCAGGAAUUAAUCAAGCACAGAAUACAUGUUACAGAGUGACUACAGUGUGUUUGCUGCUGCUCUGCAUUCUCCUGCUGACUGCUGUAAUAAUGGUAUGGAUGAAAUUCAACAUCCUUCAUACAGAAAAGGACCAAUUACAGAAGCAAAAAGUUGAAUUUCAGAAGACUGUAAAUGAUAUUGUUGCACUUUACAAAGCGACGUGGAAAUCCUUCAACUCCAGCAUUUACUACAUUUCUACUGAGAAGAAAAACUGGACUGAGAGCAGAGUGGACUGCAGAGGGAGAAGAGCGGACCUGGUGAUCAUAAACAGUCUGGAGGAACAGGAGUUUCUCCUGAAACAUCUGGGGAGGAAUCGGGCUUGGCUUGGUCUGAGUGACAGGGACACAGAGGGAGAGUGGAAAUGGGUGGAUGGUACACCUCUAACCACUGCGUACUGGCGUGAGGGGGAACCAAAUAAUGAGAGGGAUGAAGAUUGUGCUGAGAUUUGGGGUAUUUCCAAUAGGAAGGGCUGGAAUGAUAUGCCAUGCUGGCAUAAGCAAUUAUGGGUCUGUGAGAAAAAAUAUUUCUAGUAAAAUAAUGAACAAUAUAUUGCAAUAUUCACAUAUCAAUCUGAAAUUGUCGAUACAUUUUUAAAACCAUUGACAGAAAUCAUAUUUAUAAAAAAAAGAAA